AUGCGGCGGGGCGCGCUCCUGGCGGGCGCCCUGGCCGCCUACGCCGCGUACCUGGGGCUGGGCGCGCUGCUGGUGGCGCGGCUGGAGGGGCCGCACGAGGCUGCGCUCCGCGCGGAGCUGGAGGUGCUGCGGGAGCAGCUGCUGCGGCGCAGCCCGUGCCUGGCCGCCCCCGCGCUGGACGCCUUCGUGGAGCGAGUGCUGGCGGCCGGCCGGCUGGGGCGCGCAGCGCUCGCCAACGCUUCGGGGCCCGCCAAUGCCUCGGACCCCGCCUGGGACUUUGCCUCUGCUCUCUUCUUUGCCAGCACACUGGUCACCACCGUGGGCUAUGGGUACACGACACCACUGACUGAUGCGGGCAAGGCCUUCUCCAUUGUCUUUGCGCUCCUGGGCGUGCCGGCCACCAUGUUGCUACUGACUGCCUCAGCCCAGCGCCUGUCACUGCUGCUGACCCAUGCACCCUUGUCCUGGCUGAGCAUGCGCUGGGGCUGGGACUCCCGGCGGGUGGCCCGCUGGCACCUGGUGGUUCUGCUAGGAAUCCUGGUGACCACCUGCUUCCUGGUGCCCGCCGCAAUCUUUACCCACCUAGAGGAGACCUGGAGCUUCCUGGAUGCCUUCUACUUCUGCUUCAUCUCUUUGUCCACCAUUGGCCUGGGUGACUAUGUGCCCGGUGAGGCCCCCGGCCAGCCCUACCGGGCCCUCUACAAGAUGCUGGUCACAGCCUACCUCUUCCUGGGUCUGAUCGCCAUGGUUUUAGUGCUGCAGACUGUCCGGCAUGUGUCUGACCUUCAUGGCAUCACAGAGAUCAUCCUGCUGCCCAGUCGUCUCCCUGCCAGCUUCCAUGAUGAUGAGGACGAUCGGGUGGACAUUCUGGGUUCCCAGUCAGAACCUCACCAACAACUCGCCACCAGCUCCCACACCAACUACGCCUCCAUCCCCAGGUAG